UAAACGACUGCACAAAGUUGGUAAGAGAAACCUGUUGUUUAACCUGAAGAGAAAUAUCUGAAAGAAUAAAAGCUACUGCAGAGAUAUGGAGCACACCGAGGUGGUGAAGCCAGAGACUCUGGAUGACCUGAUCAAAAUCCUGCAUAAGAUCUUCGAGAGUGACUGCAUCAAUGUGGAGGAGGUCCAAAAUAUUAUGGAAGCAUAUGAGAGCAACCCUCAGGACUGGAUGAAAUAUGCAAAGUUUGACCAGUACAGGUACACAAGGAACUUGGUUGAUGAGGGUAACGCGAAGUUCAAUCUCAUGAUUCUGUGCUGGGGAGAAGGCCAUGGCAGUAGCAUCCACGACCACACAGACUCCCAUUGUUUCAUGAAGCUGCUGCAGGGUCAGCUGAAGGAGACGCUGUUUGACUGGCCGGACAGUAAAUCAAAAGGAGACAUGGUCCAGAAGUCACAGAGGAUUCUCCAGGAAAACAAGGUCGCUUACAUAAACGACUCCCUCGGCCUGCAUCGUGUGGAAAAUGGCAGCCACACAGAGUGUGCAACCAGCUUGCACUUGUACAGUCCCCCAUUCCAGUCGUGCCAGACCUUUGACCAGCGGACGGGGCACAGGAACACUGUCAAGAUGACCUUCUGGAGCAAAUACGGAGAAAGGACUCCAUUUGAAACCACACUCUCACAAGAGAACAACUAAUGGUCACCAGAGGAGGCUCCGGAUGAUGUUGCAUUUAAAAUGACAAUGUUGUGAAAAUUGAUUCAAGGGAAACUGCUGGGGAGGCGAAACGUGGACCUGCUAUGACUAAGCAACCCAUUUAAAAAUCUGGAGCGGGCCGGUUCAAAAGGACAACCCAGUAAUUAGAAUGGCUUUAUCGCUGCCCAGUGUGAGCUUGGCAAAUACUGAUGAGCGCAGGACGAAUGCAUGAAUAGGCUUGGACAUGGAUUGAAUCUGCCUUUUGUUUGCUGGGCCUGAGGAGAACCUUUCCCAAUAACAACAUUCCUGUCUAUCCACGACCUGUGUAACCACACUUUUGUCAAGUUAUGGCCCCAUAGUCAGUGAGUAGAGAGCUUUAGCAUUUAAAAAAAGGGGGGAAAUAUUGCUGUUAUAGUGUUUAAAUUUUAUAUCUCUAGAAAAGGAAAACAGUUCUGCAAUCAACAGUUUUUUGUUAUCGAUGGAGCACUUUUAUAGCUGUAUUUACUGUCCAUUUAUACCACUCGAAAUAUUCUUAACACCUGUUGAAAUUUGUAAAGUGUAACAUUGUUUGUAUAAUCUAAUUACAGUACAAAAAAAGUUUGUUCCAUUUGGAAGAAAGAAAUGUAAAGCUUUAGAGUUGUGUUGUUUUUAAAAGUGCGAUGGUUGUAAUUUAUUUGCAGGGAAGAGAGCGUUUUUAAAUCAGCAAGCUUCCUAAACGUAUUCAAGUUGUGACCGAGAGAGUCUUUUGUACUAUUAGCAGACGACAUGUUUAGAUAAAACUCAAACCUUUUCUCAGGAUUUUGGCAUAUUUUAAUUGUAGCUGUAUUUAUAAAGUGUGUAGUUUUUACAGCUUAGCACCUCUCAUAGCACUGUCAAAUGCAUGGAUGAUUUCUGUGAUGCAGUAAGUGAUUAAUUAUCUGGCCAUAACUGUAGACCAUUAAACACCAUUACCCUUUCACAGAA